UGCUCAACAUGCUAAAGUAUUUUAUUUGCGGAGGAGCAAAGUGAAAACUAAUAACGACCCAAUUUUUUGUUGACUGAGCUUAGUUUUGGCCUUUGGGUGAUUUCGUGAAAGUUGAAACUAUAAAGUUAAGCGAUAUGGUUUUGCUUUCAGAACGCGGAAGUCGAGUAAUCUUGCUUCUGUGUUUGUUAGGAACUAUAGCUUUAUUAAAUGGUUCGGGUGUUGAGGCUAGGAUUCGCCGGUAUAAAUGGGAAGUGAAGUACGAUUACAGGUCCCCUGACUGUGUAAAGAAACUGGUUAUAACCAUCAAUGGCCAAACUCCAGGUCCUACAAUCAGGGCUCAGCAAAAUGAUACAGUCAUUGUUGAGCUCACAAACAGUUUGUUAACAGAGAAUGUUGCGAUUCACUGGCAUGGAAUUCGACAGAUUGGGACACCCUGGUUUGAUGGAACUGAAGGAGUAACCCAGUGUCCAAUUUUGCCAGGAACCACUUUCAAAUAUCAGUUUGUUGUCGACAGACCUGGAACAUACUUGUAUCAUGCACAUUAUGGAAUGCAAAGAGAAGCUGGGCUAUAUGGAUCAAUCAACGUGGCACUUCCUGAUGGACAGUCUGAACCUUUUACCUAUGAUCAUGAUCAGAACAUCAUCCUCAACGACUGGUACCAUAAAAGCGCUUAUGAACAAGCUGUUGGCUUGUCUUCUAUUCCUUUCCAAUGGGUUGGGGAGCCUCAGUCACUUUUGAUCCAUGGAAGAGGAAAGUUCAACUGCUCUAAGUUAACUAUUCCAACUUUAGACACUGGUGUUUGCAAUACCACAAAUCCAGACUGCUCUCCUUUCAGGUUGAUAGUAGUCCCUGGAAAAACCUAUCGAUUGAGAAUCUCCAGCUUGACUGCUCUGUCAGCCCUUAGCUUCCAAAUUGAGGGCCAUAAUAUGACAGUUGUUGAAGCUGAUGGGCAUUAUGUUGAGCCAUUUGUUGUACAGAACUUGUUCAUAUAUUCAGGGGAGACAUACUCAGUCUUAGUAAAAGCCGAUCAGGACCCUACAAGAAAUUAUUGGAUCACAUCAAAUAUUGUCAGUCGACCAGCGUCCACUCCUCCUGGUCUGGGAAUUUUCGUUUACUAUCCAAAUCAUCCAAGGAGAUCUCCUCCAACAAUUCCUCCUCCUGCCCCUGUCUGGAACAACACCCGCCCUCGGAUAGCGCAGAGUCAGGCCAUUAAAGCUCGCCAAGGUUACAUCCAUACUCCCCCUUUACUCUCAGACAGGGUAAUAGUUUUUCUCAAUACCCAAAACAACAUAAGUGGACUUGUCCGCUGGUCUGUCAACAAUGUCACUUUCACAUUUCCACACACACCUUACCUGAUUGCCCUCAAGGAAAAUUUAACUCACGUCUUCGAUCAAAACCCACCUCCUGAUGGAUACGAUUUCAUGAACUAUGAUAUCUUCAAGGCUCCGGAAAACAAAAAUGCUACUAUAAGCAAUCGAAUUUACAGGCUGAAUUUCAACUCGACUGUGGAUAUUAUACUUCAGAAUGCAAACACCUUGAAUCCAAAUAACAGUGAGACACAUCCCUGGCAUCUCCAUGGACAUGAUUUCUGGGUUUUAGGCUACGGACAAGGAAAGUUUGAUAUCUACAAUGAUCCAAAGAAGUACAAUUUGGUGAAUCCAAUAAUGAAGAACACAGUGCCCGUACAUCCUUAUGGCUGGACUGCUCUGAGAUUUAAAGCUGAUAAUCCAGGAGCGUGGGCAUUCCAUUGCCAUAUAGAAUCCCAUUUCUACAUGGGGAUGGGUUUGGUAUUUGCAGAAGGAAUUGAGAAGGUGGGAAAGUUACCCUCUUCUAUUAUGGGGUGCGGUGAAACUCAAGGACUUUACAGGCCCUAGUAAAUGUAGGUUGUGGAAUUAAAAUUCGAAAUAGACAGGUUACUCUUUUGAGCUCUCAAUCUCAUUUCAAAUGUUGAAACUGGAACAAUUAGAAGCACUCUCUAACAUGUACAAUAUAUUUUUUUUUUGUUUAUUUUGUAUUCUUUUACAUAUGUGAAAGUAAAUUUUGCUCUUAAUUUGUUUCCAAUCAA